AUGCAUUGCGCACAUACGGUACGUGCACCUGGCGGCCUCACAGGCCUGCCGGUCCUACCAGUUAUCGCAGUUACCCUCCCAAGUCCCCGCACAACCAACCACGGGGACCGCCCUCGGCGGGCCGUACCUGGUCCCGUCGUCGAGCUGGCCUUAGCUCGGACCUGUUUGGCUCCUCCCGACACUUCCUGGUUCCGCUUGCAGCGCCAGCGCGUCCGCCGUGCCUAUCAGAUGGCAGGGUUUCCCUCUCCUGUUGCCUGUCGGCCUCCUUCUCCCGGGAACGAUCCUGGCGGUAGCCAAGUCACCGCGAUGAAAGGACGCAUCCGGUUUUCCUGCCCAGAGCGCAUGGCCGCUGGCUGA